CCAGCAGAAGAUCGAGCUGCCAGUGACAGAGAACGUUCAGACCAUCCCACCACCCUACGUGGUCAGGACCAUCCUGGUGUUUGGCCGCCCUGGCUGCCAGCCCCAGUUUUCCAUGUCGGAGCACAUGAAGAAGAUGCUGCAGUGUCCCUACUUCUUCUUUGAUGUGGUUUACAUCCACAACGGGGUGGAGGAGAAGGAUGAGGAGACAAGCUGGAAGGAGAUGUACGGUUUCUUCAGCAGCCUGGACACCAAAGGCACCAACUACAAGUACGAGGUGUCGCUGACAGGACCUGCAGUGGAGCUGCACAACUGCAUGGCCAAGCUGCUGGCACACCCUCUGCAGCGCCCGUUCCAGAGCCACGCUGCGUACAGCCUGCUGGAGGAGGACGAGCCCCCCGAGAUCGAGGCCACUGUCUGA